UCUCUCUCUCUCUCUCUCAGUUACCGACAAGCCGCCGCGCUGUUCAGUUCGCUCUCUCUCUCUCACCACCACCACCACCACCACCACCGUCAUCACCGCCACCACCACCAACACCACCACCACGGCCAGACACAAGAAACACUAUACUAAGAUGGAGGAGAAGGCGGUGGACGGUAAAGAGAAGAAAUACGUUCUCUACACAGUAGUAGGGGACGAAAGAGGGCGUGGCGGGACAGGGGCAUGGGUAGUACGUGUGCUUGUAACUGCCCUUAUCCUCGUGGCCCUCGGAGUCGUCCCCUACCUGUGGCUACGACUGGCGCAAGUUAGUGACAGAACAGUGGUGGUAUUUCAACCCGUCCCUGUCCACAACCACAGUUCCCACCACCAUGAACGUGCGCGCCACAUCCACGGGAAGAUCAUGUCCCAGGCGCCACAACCAGCUGCCCUCCACCACAACGCCACACCCCCGCCAGCGUCCCAAGGUGUGGUGACUCUACAUGAAGCAGCGGUGACUCUUGCGGUUCUAGAAGACACCAAUGCUACGAAAAUUGGACAUGCUAAAGGGAAUGUCUCUCUGGAGGUCAAGGACAAUUCUACGGACCAUGACGACUCUACAGCCCCCCCCACGACCACCUCCCCCCCCGCGGAUCUCACUGACCCCACCACAACAGCCCAGCCUUCGAACCUGACCCAGUCUGUUAAUGUGACCCAUCCUUCUCACCCCCCUAAUGUGACCCACCCUCCUACCACCACCCCUCCACCCACCACCACCCCCACCCACCACCCCACCACGACCACCACUAAAGAAUCGUCCACUGAGGCUGCAAACAUGACCACUAACGCUACCACGACCACCACGACCACAACAACGACGACUACAACCGCUGCGCCUUCCCCUACCACCACCACGACUUCUACCACCACCCAGCCUCCAUCUACGACCUUAAACACGACAACUACCACUGCAGCACCUACUACUGUCACCACAACGACCACCACCACCACUACGACCACGAGCAGACGACCUCUCUCGCAUAAAAUGGCAUAUGUCGCCAGUACAGCAUCGGGGAACCACGUGGGCGGCAUCUGUGUGUGGCGGAAGGAUGGGAAUGUGACAAACUGGGCUUACUUUUACGAGAAUAUACCAAUUGAAUACCAGAGCGCACAGGACACAGAAGAUCACGAGAUGAGGGGCAUGGCAGCUGCUGUGAAGACCUGGGCACCACUUUGGGACGAUCACCAUGUGGUACUACGCUCACAUCACCAAGCUAUCAAGGGCUCACCACACCCUACGCGCCGUGCUCUUGGCGUUCUCCUGGAAAACUUAUCGGCUAACCACUUCACUUACGAGCUGGAAUGGCGCCUUAAGAGGACUGACUUAAUGGUUAGGAUCUCUCACUGUCUCUCUCGCCUCCACAGGGACUUCCAGCACUGGUUCCACGCCUUCAGGGACCGCGUGGAUGAGCUCUUAGGCAAGCAAGAUUGGUCCGUGGCGGGUGACAAACAUCUCACGAUAAUCCCCAAAGAGGCUUUCCAUGUUACACCACCAAAUGACGCGCCGCCUCUUAUUUUUGAGUCCAUGCCCCCAAUAGACCCCCUGGAUUAAGCCCCCCCCUCGCCCCUAACCCACCCUGAACCCCUGAAAUCUUAGGGUUAACGAGGAAAGGGAAAAAUCAGCUGGUUAUGUCAAAAUUUUCAGUCUAAAUGGUGUUAUUCAUCUAUAUCUUUACCAGUAACCAACCCAUCACCUCUCUGGGUUAAGCCUCUCUCCCUAACCCACAGUCCCUGGCCGUGCUGUGUCUGGAAAGGUCAGGGGAGGGUCAGGGAAGGUCAAAACGUCUGGGUAACCACCACCACCACUAACCCCACCAGUCCCAAGAGCGUUUCCGAUAACACCUUUCCUUAUUCAAACUGUAUUAUCUCCCUUAUCUGUCACUCCAGGGGGCUCUUUGAUACUCACAGGCUGAGUCCACACCCUGACUCACUGCCCUUGUCCGCACGAGGUCAAAUAAGGUCAAACAAGGUCAGGAGAAAAGGAUAAAUGUAGAUAAGAUUGCUGCACGGAGAACUUUUCCUUCCACGCUAUCACCUUAUAUAACCUCUAUUUUCUGCCUAUCUGCGCCUCCCUAUAUACCCUCGGCCGCUCCAUAGCACCCUAGUAGGCCUAUGUAACACCACACGAGCUGCCAGUCAUCCAGGGGCCAAGGAAACACGGUAAAAUGUCAAAAAUAAUAACGCCAACAAAGCCAGCUACCAUUGUUUACCUUGUCAGCUGAUGGCGCGUGGAAUGGAGUCUCUUUUCAUCUUGCUUUUUCUUGCGUUUCCCGGCGGCGAGGCGAGAUAUUUAUGAUGUCACAGUAAAGAGGAACAUUUCAAAGGCAGACGGUGGGCGGUGCAAGUUUCCACGAGCAGCACAACGCGGGGAAAAAUGGAAAAAGAAAAAUAAUACAACGGGUUACGGAGAUGCUGUUACUGAAGGUGUGUGAAGCCUCGCCUCCGUGCCCCAAGUUCCCAAGUUUCUUCAUUAACGCUCUAAUUACUCCCAAGACACUCCCGCUUGUUAAAUACUCAUCAAAUUAGGUUAUAAAUAAGACUGCAUCAUUCCCUAACGGUCCAGUGUCUCGUGUAUUGGUGUAGUGUGCAUUUUGAAGGAUUUUUUUGAGGUGGGUUUGACAUAGUUAUAAAUCGUGUUACUAAUUCUACCGACAAACUCCCGCUUUGGUGAAUACUCAUGAAGGUGAUCUCUAGUUUAUCUCUAACUUCUAUUUCAUCAAUUAUUCAAGUUUAAUGUUACGAAAUGUUAUAAUAUGUAAGUUUUAUUUUAUUAUUUUGUGAUAUAUUUAAGUAUUAUAUAAAGAAAUGCCUUGACAAGCUCUCUCUCUCUCUCUUUAUAUAUAUAUUUUUUUUUUAAUGAAUAAAUAUAAGAGAUUAAAAAACAAACGAGUUAUUUAUAAGUUAUGUUUAAAAGAAAAAAAAAUGUGAAUCUUUAUUGCAUUUCAAAAUUAA